UCUGAACUAGUUAUACGUAUUCACAGAGAUACUGUGAAAUUAAGAAUUUUCCUGAAUGUUUUGUUUGCUUAAAAUGUCAAUUUUCAAAAUGGCGGACUUGUCUACAUCUUCUCAUGCCAAAGGCUCUGAUGAGGUUAAGGAUUUUAUUUGUUCGUCAUGCAAAGAGCAAGCAAAUGCAGAUUUUUACUGCAAAACAUGUUUGAAACUUUAUUGUGGGAAAUGUAUUCAGUUGCAUGAUAAGUGGUUUAAAAAACAUUCAGCUUAUGGAAGGAAUGACAUGAAAGAAUGGCCAGUUUCGAAACAGGUGGAGGAAUUUCUAUUGAAGUGUCAAGCGCACAAGGAUGACAAAAUUGAAAUGUUAUGUGAUGACCACAGUCAGUUGUGCUGCACAAAGUGUGCCUUCAAUGAUCACAGCCAGUGCAGUAAAGUGACUCCAAUUAAUGAGCUGACCAACACACAGCCCACAGACUUAAAGGGACUGUCAGUGGAGCUUGAAACUGUCCUGGAAGAAAUCAAAAACCUACAGAUCAGUCAGGAGGCCAGCAUUCAGUCAUUGCAGAACACAUACAAUGAACAUGGGGCAGUCAUGAUAGAACAAAUGCGUGGCAAUUUAAAUACUCAUAUAGAUGAGUGUGGUAAUAGUUGUGUGGGUACCUCGGGCAAAAAUGAGCAAUGUUUAAAAGAAGAAAUGUGUAGGAUUGUUCUUUCUAUCUUGAAUGAUUUUAAUAAUAUUUCUGUGAAGGAACUUAACGAGAUAAAAAAUGAAGUUAUAAGCAUAAAAGGGUCAGUUACAAGUUCUAUUCAUAAAUGCACCAGUCUUCACAAUGACUUGUCACAAUUCCAUGAAAUUGUUGAGAAAAUUGGAGAUCAUAAGGUGCUCUGCCUUAUAGCCAGCAUAAAAUGUAAGCAUAUAAUACAGCAGGCACUGACUCUGCUGGGAAAGUCAGGCAAGGUGUUUAAUGUCCAGAGUAAUACUAGGCACAAUGUGAGAAUACCAAGUGAUACAUGCACAUGCUAUAUUGGAGCCAUAUGUGUUUUCCCAGAUGGACAUGUCCUGGUUGGAGACUGUGGGAAUGAUAAAGUCAAGCUGCUGAACCACCAGUACCAGGUGGUGAGUCACUGGGCCUGUUAUCCCAAGGACAUGUGCCUCAUCACACCCAGUGAGGUUGCUGUGGCUGUGAAGUAUAAUAACACGUAUUGGGUCCAGUUUAUCAAAGUCACCCAGAGUCAGCUUACUCCAGUGAGGAAGUUUGAGUUACAACAUCACUUUAGAGGUAUUGCCCACCACCGUGGUGACCUGUUUAUCUGCUCUGGUAAUGCAUUGUACAUGUACUCACUUAGUGGAAAACAGGUCUGCAGACUGUUUGGAGAUGUGGAUAGCUCAUCUUAUCUGACAGUAAUCAAGUGUGCUGUGAGUCCCACAGGUGACAGGCUGUACAUCACCUGCUGGAUUGAGCACAAGCUUCUCACCCUUGCCAGGGAUGGGACACUCCUGGCUACAUUUACAGACCCAGCACUAUGGACGCCAUGGGGAGUACAUGUGACCCCUGCAGGCCAGGUGCUUGUCUGUGGAGGCCGGUCCUACACUAUUGUACAGGUGGACAGGGAGGGGAAGAAAAAGCUGGCAACUCUGGUGACAGGGAGGUUUGAUAGCAUGUGCAGCCAACGGCCAGUCUGCUACAGCAGCACCACAUCAUCCAUCAUUGUGGGAACGGACGACGACAUCCUGGUGUUCAGAGUAGAAUAA